AAUCAACCAAAUAUCUCUCUCUCUCUCUCUCUCUCUCAUUUCUUCAUUUUUUUGAUUGGAACCCAGAAGAGGAGGAGGUGAAGAAGAAGAACAAGUGUGGCAGAAAUCAAGAAAAGCUAAGAGCUUUGUGUACAUUUUGAUCGGAUUCGCCGUGAAGUUGCGAGCUUUCUGACUUUCAGAUUGUGGGAUCUGGUGGGCAAUUUGAAGUGAGUGGGAGCUGCUUGAAACUAUGGCGGCCGCGGCUUUGGCCGGAGAUGACUUCGUCCGGCAGACGAGCAGCAGGGGGAGCUGGAGGUCGGGGAGCGUGAGGGACAUGUGGAAUGCGCCCGACGUGUUCCAGAGGAGCGCCCGUGGGCAGGUCAGCGGCCGGGAGGACGAUGAGGAGGAGCUCAGGUGGGCGGCCAUCGAGCGGCUGCCCACCUACGACCGUAUGAGGAAGGGGAUCUUGACGCAAGUGAGGAGCAACGGGCGCGUCGUGCACGACGAAGUCGAUGUGACUAACCUUGGGGCUCAGGACAAGAAGGUCCUGAUGGAGAGCAUCCUCAAGGUCGUGGAGGAGGACAAUGAGAAGUUCCUCAGGCGGCUCAGGGACAGGACUGAUCGGGUCGGGAUCGAGAUCCCCAAGAUCGAGAUCCGGUUCCAGAACCUGUCCAUUGAGGGGGAUGCUCAUGUCGGGAGCAGAGCUCUUCCCACUCUGCUCAACUCCACCUUGAACGCAGUUGAGGGAAUUCUUGGCAUGGUCGGUCUCACCCCGUCAAAGAAAAAGGUUGUGAAGAUCCUUCAAGGUGUUAGUGGUGUCAUCAAACCCUCCAGGAUGACUUUGCUUCUUGGACCACCUGGUUCGGGCAAGACAACUUUAUUGAAGGCACUUGCAGGGAAAUCAGAUGAUGAUCUGAGGGUAACCGGCAAAAUAACCUACUGUGGGCACGAAUUUAACGAGUUUGUUCCUCAGAGAACUUGUGCUUACAUCAGUCAGCAUGACCUUCACUAUGGUGAGAUGACUGUUCGUGAGACCUUGGACUUUUCUGGCCGAUGCCUCGGAGUCGGAACCCGUUAUGAGAUGUUGACUGAGCUCUCGAGAAGAGAAAGAGAGGCGGGGAUCAAGCCCGACCCAGAAAUUGAUGCUUUCAUGAAGGCCACAGCGAUGGUUGGGCAGGAAACUAACUUGGGCACUGAUUACGUCCUCAAGAUUCUGGGCUUAGAUAUUUGUGCGGAUAUUAUGGUUGGAGAUGACAUGAGAAGGGGUAUCUCCGGUGGGCAAAAGAAGCGUGUCACCACAGGUGAAAUGUUGGUUGGACCUGCGAAAGCCUUUUUCAUGGACGAGAUAUCGACCGGGCUUGACAGUUCAACAACCUUCCAGAUAGUCAAGUUCAUGAGGCAGAUGGUCCACAUCAUGGACAUAACCAUGGUGAUCUCCCUCCUGCAGCCUGCCCCUGAGACAUAUGAUCUCUUUGACGAUAUCAUCCUCCUUUCCGAGGGUCACGUCGUCUAUCAGGGGCCCCGGGAGAACGUCCUCCAGUUCUUCGAGCACAUGGGCUUCAAGUGCCCUGAAAGAAAGGGAGUCGCCGACUUUCUCCAGGAAGUGACCUCCAAGAAGGACCAGGAGCAGUACUGGUGCCGGAGGGACCAACCCUACCGCUACAUAUCUGCAGCCGAGUUCUCCCAGGCAUUCAACUCCUUCCAUGUCGGGCAGCAGCUCUUAGAGGAGUUACGUGUCCCCUAUGACAAGUCCCUGACCCACCCUGCAGCACUGGUGAAGGAGAAGUAUGGGAUCUCCAACUGGGAGCUCUUCAAGGCAUCCUUUGACCGGGAGUGGCUUCUCAUGAAGCGGAGCUCAUUCGUGUACAUCUUCAAGACCACCCAGAUCACGAUCAUGGCCACGAUUGCACUCACUGUUUUCCUUAGGACAGAGAUGAAGGCGGGAGCCGUCCAGGACGGAGCCAAAUUCUGGGGAGCCCUCUUCUUCAGUCUUGUUAAUGUCAUGUUUAAUGGGAUGAGUGAGCUCGCUAUGACAGUCUUCAGGCUUCCUGUCUUCUAUAAACAGAGGGACUUCCUAUUCUACCCGGCAUGGGCCUUCGGACUGCCCAUCUGGAUCCUUCGCAUACCCAUCUCCCUCAUGGAGUCAGCAAUCUGGAUCAUUCUUACUUACUACACUAUCGGGUUUGCCCCUGCUGCUAGUAGGUUCUUCAAGCAGUUCCUAGCUUUCUUCGGCGUGCAUCAGAUGGCUCUCUCGCUCUUCCGUUUUAUAGCGGGAGUUGGAAGAACGCAAGUAGUUGCCAACACUCUUGGUACCUUCACUCUUCUGUUAGUCUUCAUUCUUGGAGGCUUUAUCGUAGCAAAAGAUGACAUUUUACCAUGGAUGAUUUGGGGUUACUAUGUUUCGCCUAUGAUGUACGGUCUUAAUGCCAUCUCCAUCAAUGAGUUCCUCGACGAGAGAUGGAGCAGCCCUCCUCUUGCCAACUCUAACGAAACCACGGUCGGGAAGACCCUUCUUAAGGAACGGGGCCUCUUUAGGACUGAAAGCUGGUACUGGAUUAGUAUUGCCGCUCUCUUCAGUUUCUCUAUUCUCUUCAGCCUUCUCUUCAUUGCCGUCCUGACUUGGCUGAACCCUCUUGGAGAUAACAAAGCUACACUUUUGGAAGAUGACGAUGAAUCUGAGGAGUCGAAGCGACGGGCUCGUACUCAAGGCAUCAAUAUGCAAGUGAUGAACUCUGAGAGUCAACAGAGGCGUGGAAUGGUUCUUCCCUUCCAGCCCCUUUCACUCGCUUUCAACCACGUAAACUACUAUGUUGACAUGCCUGCGGAAAUGAAGACUCAGGGAGUUGAAGAGACCCGACUCCAACUCUUGAGGGAUGUCAGUGGCGCUUUCAGGCCUGGGGUUUUGACGGCCCUCGUUGGAGUCAGUGGGGCUGGGAAGACAACCUUGAUGGAUGUCUUGGCUGGAAGAAAAACCGGUGGAUAUAUUGAAGGAGACAUAAGUGUUUCAGGUUACCCUAAGAACCAAACAACAUUUGCUCGUGUGAGCGGUUACUGUGAGCAGAACGACAUUCACUCACCGUAUGUCACUGUGUACGAGUCACUCCUGUACUCCGCCUGGCUUCGUCUAGCUAAGGAUGUCAAGACUGAGACACGAAAGAUGUUUGUCGAGGAAGUUAUGGACUUGGUCGAGCUCAACCCCUUGAGGAAUGCUCUUGUUGGGCUUCCCGGGGUUGACGGUUUAUCCACUGAGCAAAGGAAGAGGCUCACAAUAGCUGUGGAGUUGGUCGCUAAUCCCUCCAUCAUCUUCAUGGACGAACCUACCUCAGGACUGGACGCUAGGGCUGCUGCUAUAGUUAUGCGUACUGUGAGGAACACCGUGGACACUGGACGAACAGUCGUAUGCACUAUUCACCAGCCGAGCAUUGACAUUUUUGAGGCCUUCGAUGAGCUGCUCCUGAUGAAAAGAGGAGGGCAAGUGAUCUAUACAGGGCCUCUUGGUCAGCAGUCCCACAAACUCGUCGAAUACUUCGAGGCUAUUCCGGGGGUCCCCAAGAUCAAGGAUGGUUACAAUCCUGCCACAUGGAUGUUGGAGAUCAGCUCUACCGCAGCCGAAGCUCAGAUGGAGGUUGACUUUGCUGACAUUUAUGCCAAUUCCAACCUCUACCGUCAAAACCAAGAGCUUAUCAAGCAGCUGAGCACUCCAGUCCCAGGAUCUCAGGACCUGUAUUUCCCGACCCAGUACUCUCAGAACUUCCUUACUCAAUGCAAGGCUUGCUUCUGGAAGCAGCACUGGUCUUACUGGAGAAACUCUCAGUACAAUGCAAUCCGUUUCUUCAUGACCGUAGUCAUUGGUGUGAUGUUUGGAGUUAUUUUCUGGAACAAAGGGCAGAAACUGCAUACUCAGCAGGAUCUACAGAAUAUGCUUGGUGCCACCUACGCUGCUGUUCUCUUCCUUGGAGCCACAAACGCUUCUGCAGUUCAGUCUGUUGUGGCAAUUGAGAGAACAGUCUUCUAUCGUGAACGAGCAGCGGGAAUGUAUUCCGAGUUACCUUAUGCGUUUGCUCAGGUGGCGAUUGAAACUAUCUAUGUGGCAAUCCAAACAUUUGUCUACACUCUCCUUCUGUAUGCAAUGAUCGGGUUCGAGUGGCAGGCAGACAAGUUCCUUUAUUUCUACUACUUCAUAUUCAUGUGUUACACCUACUUCUCCAUGUACGGAAUGAUGGUUGUCGCCCUCACUCCUGGACAUCAGAUUGCCGCCAUCGUCAUGUCCUUCUUCCUCAGCUUCUGGAACUUGUUCUCAGGCUUCCUCAUCCCCCGACCCUUGAUUCCCGUGUGGUGGAGGUGGUACUACUGGGCUUCCCCCGUUGCCUGGACAAUCUAUGGAAUCUUUGCGUCUCAGUUCGGGGACUACACAACAAAUCUUGAAAUCCCCGGGGCAGAUAAUGUUCCAAUCAACACGUUCCUAAAGGAGUACUUGGGUUUUGACCACGACUUCCUUAUCCCCGUGGUUAUCGCCCACGUGGGCUGGGUCCUGCUAUUCUUCUUUGUGUUCGCCUACGGAAUCAAGUUCUUGAACUUCCAGAGAAGAUAGAGAGACCAAGGCAUCUUCCAUUUUGUUCAUGGUAGAAUUGUUGAAGAAGAGAGGCUAAACAGAAACUGUUGCCUCUGCUUUUGAAAUUUCCCUCUUUUUUUUUUUUUGGUCUUGGGGUGAAUUUUCAUUAUUUUUUUUUCUCAUUGUGAAUGUGUAUAGCUGUUUAAAUCUUCCAUUGUAAUUGUUUUACCACAGAUGGUGAGUAGUAAUAAAAAUAGUUUAAUUCCACUAGCUUAA